UUUAUUUGUGUGUGAUUCAGGAAUGCCAAAGCCUGAUGGAAGAGAACAGAAGACUGCAGCAUGUGGAUAAGAGGCCUUCGCCCGCGCACUCACCGACUACAUCCAUUGACAUAUCCUACUUGCAGUCACAAGUCGACACACUGCAAUGGCAGCUCAAACAGGCGGAAUCUAGCAGACAAAUGUACCGUGCCGUUCUUGAGCAGGUGUCAAGGUUUUUGGAACGGGUUCAUAAGAAUUUGGAUCAAGCGAAUGGUGUGAAACCCUGCAACUCAAAAGCGAAGUCCAGUCGGGUGCCGCGCUCACGCAGUGUUCACACAGUGGCCACCACCUCCUCCUCCACCUGCUCCUCCCGUCCUUCCUCACCCUCACCGUCGCCUUCCCCCUCCCCCUCGCCAUCGUACGUGCACCGCGCUAGCAGCAUGGCGCACAUGCAGGAGUCGCACAGCUAUGCUACACUCAGGGAUCACUGGCGAGGCAGCAGUGGUCCCCGAAACUCAGUGACAGAAGAAGUGCCUAUAGACAAGCUGGCUCAGGAGGCGUUCAGGAUGUUGCGAACUGUGCAGUCACUGCUUGGCACGAGGGAGCCAGACCUCAUCACCCACCGGCUCACACCCACCCCCACCCCUCAGCCCACCCCUGCCACCUCCAUGGCUGACACACUCAACGACUCGGGCUCCGAGCGGCGUGAUAGCACUUCUGUUGGUAGCUGCAGUUCGCUGCUGCAGAGCUCGUGCGGCGGACUGCGCAAAUCAGUGGACUGCGCCUGCGCCGGCUCCACCAACUCGCUGGCCUCCUGCUCACGGGCGCCCGUCGUCAAGGGUGCCACCUCCACAUGUUCGUCGAGCACGUCCUCGGCCUCACCACCGCUGCCUUUGCUCACCGAGGACGAGAGUGGCUUCUCGUCGAUGAGCUCCUUCCACGAGGUCGGUCUGCCCAAUGUGGGUCUGCCCUAUCCGGAGGUGGGCUUGCCGCUCGUAGAGCCCCCGCACAACCACCGGCGCUGGAGUUCGACUCCUGUCGACACUCAUUUCCACACCGGCGAGGCCAUUCGUGUGUUGUGGGUCUAAUUCACCAGUUCUCAAACCAAACAGAUAAUUGACUAUAGCCCUGAAGCGGACUCUAAACAGUCAAUAUUAUUAUUUUACAAUAUAGUAGCCGCUUAUAACAUCAGGCCUCAGUGUCUUUAAUGUGUUUAUUCUAUAGUCUGUGCAAACCUUAGUUCGCAGCAUCAGUCUUAUAGAGCACAGUGCUGCCACAUUUCACACAAUCAAGAGAGCCUGUCAAAUAGUUUUGUGAGAGAGCGUAGCCCUUUUUUAUAGAAUCAACAUGAAAACGGCAAACGUGUGCUCAUAUUGUUCCAUCGAAAUAGCAUUGGCCAUAAAACUUUGUGCUGCAACUAAGGUAUGCAUGAACUAUAGUUGUGUAAUCUUGUGUUAUGAGUAGGUACUGAUAUUGUACAAUAAUAUUGCACUUAUAUGGGCCGCUCAAUGUUAUUCCAAUUUAUGAGUAGGCUAUUAGUUCAAUACCUGUUGAUACUAAAUGUUGUAACAGGACGGUUCUAAAUUGGCUUAUAGACAGGGAACCAGUAGAGACGGAAAGUUACUGGCGGCCAGUGCUUGUCAUUUUCCAUCAAUUUCCAUUUAGACAGAUAUUUGGCUAUUUGAAAUUGAUGGGAAAUGAAGUAAUAGAAAGCACUGACCGCCACUUACUAGCUGUUUCUACAUUCACUAUCUGUAGUAUCGACAAGUCGCUUCAAGUUGCAGGGUUGAGAUCUGUUGCAUAAGUUUGCUCUUGCAAUCAGAACAAUAAUUGACAAAAUCGAGUUUCAAGAAAUGUCGCAAUCUGUAGCCAAUUUAAUUUCAUUAAAUUUUCUCAAGUUACAGCUUUUUCUAAUAGCAAAAAACUAGCUAAUGUCAUACACUUGUACUGAAUAGGACUAUGGAAUUAACGUUCAAAAAAUAGUUAUUCAAUCCGUUGAAAAGUUUUCCAGCUCUGAUGAUUCAAAUCAACUUUGAGAUAUUAUUGAAUUUUCAUUUCAAACUGUGCUUUGAGCUUGUACAACUGUUAAUCGUUUGAACCAUUAUGAAAUGAACCUAUGAAUUAAACCCCAUCUCUCACAAAGCUACCUUGGCAACAACUUACAAAAAUAUUCUGUUUUCAUGAAUGAUUUGGAGUUUGGAGUAACAGUUUCUCACAGAAGAUCUCUUGUGGCAUUUUGUUCGCAAAUACUGUUGAACAAUUUGAGAAAUGGUUUAAUAUUUUUCGUCUGGAUCUAAUAAUGCCAUCUUGACAUAAUGUGACAAAAUAUAUAGCCUACUUUAAAUCUGUGAAAUAAUUAUUGAACUCGAUAGAUCUAUGCAAAAAUCUCAAGUAUCCCUCUAUAUUUGCAUGGAUGACAUUCUCUUGAGUAAAUCGUAUAAAUUAAUGCAAGUCCCACCGUUCUACCGAUUACAGAUGUUAUAGCCCGUUCCAAAGUAACAUUUGUGUCUAUUCAGAAACAGCACAGUACAUUUAUUUAUUUAUAUAUUUUGUUUCUUCUAAACCUCCAGGAUGUGUACUUGAUGUUGAGAAUCGUUGACUAUGUUUAUCUAAUACUUGAAUAUGUUAUUAAUUAUUGAUAUAACAACAUAUUAUUCAUGUGAAAAAUCUUAUUCAAUUGAGUAAUUACACAAAGUAUAAAGUUAAAUUGAAUGGAGAGAAGAAAAUGGUUUAUAGUUGAUAUUAUAAUGAAACAUUUAUGAACUGGAUCUCAAUUCUUGAAUGAAAUAGAUAUUAUAGAAUUGUGAUGAAAUAUUCGUAUUUCUUGUAAGGUAUUUUACUGAAAAUGUUUAAUAAUGUAAGGGCUGUAUAAUAAGUGGUUCAUUGAAAGGGUAAUUCAGUUUGAGUGGAUAAACAGUAAAGGCUACCGUACAGAAAAAUCUGGCUUUAUAAUUUCUAAGACAAAACAAAUUGUAUUCAUUGAGCUGUUAAGAUACAUUGUUCCAAGACAAAUGUAUAAACUAUAAUCGACAGUUAUUGUCCAGAUAUGGUAUGAAUUUCAAAUAAAAGAUGAUUCUGUUAGACAUCUUUCUAUAAUUCAAAUCGAUGUGAACGUCGUAUUACCAUGAAGUAAUCUAAAUAAUGCGGCCUAUCUUUAGAAGGCAUUAAGCUAACAAAUUUAUAUUAGCUUAAAAAUUAACUGAAUUUAAUAAUGUACCUAUUUACAGAUCGAGCUCGCGCUUGCAUUAAAUAUAAAAAAUCAUAUUCACCCUUUACUGACAUGAUUUAUAGGCCUUCUCCAUCUUAAUUGUGUUAAUUAAAUUAAUGUACUAUGCAUGUUAUAUUGUGUUACUUGUUUUACUCUCAAGUUGUUCUUUAUGUUCUUCAACGUAUAUGCUGUAAAUGUAAUAUUCACUUACAUCUUCAUGUAUUCUUCAUUGUGAUCGAAAUUGCCCCUGGUUAAACCUGUAGUCUGUUGAAGUGGAUCUUCAAACUUUUGCAUGUUAAAUGUUGUGAUAAAAAUAGAAUUUAUUUAACGUUACACCUCUCGACUAAGAAAAGGGUAAACUCAUCAAACAACUUUAUGGUGACGUUUGGCAUCAAAAACUAACUUUUGUGAAAAACCAUUGUAUUAUACUGAUGGUGGUUUAUUUGAAUUAUGUUUAUUAAAUUGAGAUUGGUUAUCAGAUUUAAAAAAAGAAUGUGUUGGUAAAUUUUAGGAUUUAAAAUGUCUCCGGAAUGUUCUCUCUCCAACUUCAAAUAUUAUAUUAGUAUUUUUAUUAAGUAAUGUUCUGUGAAAGCAGAUCAAUAUAUUAUGGAGAGAAUAUAUAGUUGAUUUAAGAAAAUAUUGAAGAAUAGUUCAUCAAAUCUAUUGUUUCUCAAAACUGAUAUAAAUAUUCAAAAUAUUAAUUGACCACCUUUUGAAAAUGUUAUAAAAAUCGAGAAAUUGUAUAACAAAACAAAUGUUUGUGUUCUCUUUGAUGUGAUAUUUUGUCUUGAAAUAUUUGUAUAAUUUAUAUUGAGCAUGCUGUGUGUGUUUUAAAAAUUCACGGUUAUUUUUCACAGUUUAUAUUUCCUCUUGAAUCGAUGACAUUUUGUGUUCUGAAAAAAUGAUUAUGAAAUGAGUUUACUCUUCCUAUCCCAUUAAUGUAAUAAAAAUGUUACUUAACUUCAUAUCAUAAUUCUCAUAUUUAUAAAAAUUCUUAAUUUAUCUACUCAACAUUAUUAUGUAUUUUCAUUCCCAUACACUAUAUUCUAAAUUGAAAGUAUACAAUAUCAUAUACUUUCAAACUAUUUAUGUACUGAAUUUCAUUACAAGUGGAGUCAAAAUGAUCCUCCAGACUUUUGUAUUUACCAUUUUUGUGGCCUAAUCUAAGAAAAUUAUUUGAAAGCAUUCUUUUUCAACUUAUUCCAAAAAUCGGAAUAUGAAAAUCAUUGUUGAUUAGAUAAUCAAUUUAUUAACCAACUAUUUUAUUCUGUGCUUUGUAUAGGUAUUGGAAAUGAUGAUAAAUAUUCAAUAUUGUAAGAAUAUUGAUCAAUAUUUUAUCUGAUUUUCCUGAAAAUACGAGUAAUUCUGAUCAAUAAUAUUAUUCAUGAAUGUUUAAA